GGCAAGGCCCGGUUCCUGAUCCGGUCAAAGAUGGGAACACGUUCUGGAUCACUCUUGGGACAAAUAUAAAAGCCAUCAAUUCCGCCAUGAGAUCGAACAGUCCGCAGCUAGUGAGUAGUGAGCAAUGUCGAAGGUCUUGUUACUGUUGGUCCUCGUGUGCUCUUCCGUCUGGGCGGAGGAACCGGAAGACACGAAACAGAGAAAACGAGGUAUUCUCCAGGAUGGCUGGGUUGGAAUUUCGAAUCCGUACUCUUAUGGACAAGGACAGCCGUGGGCAGGAAAUCAGGACCCAUGGAAAGGCAUAAAAGUCACUGGAAAUCUGCACAGUGGUUGGAACGGAUUGAACUAUGGAGUGGAGAGACUUCCUAUUCUCAAACCAGGUGGUGCACACUCCAACCCCUACGCACCUCUAGUUAAUACAUUUCCGGUAUACAUAACGAAACACGUGGUUCUGGAAAAACCUGUACCUGUACCAGAACCCGUAUACGUCAAGCAAAACGUACCUGUUUAUAUAGAAAAGCCGUACCACAUUCCAGUGCCAAAAUUAAUUCCAGUUCCGAUCGAAAAGAUCGUUCACAAGGCGGUGCCUGUGCCAGUGCCAGUUCCUCAGGCGGUUCCUUAUCCGGUAGAACAUGCCAUACCGAUUCCAGUAAAGCAUCCAGUGGCAGUACCAGUGCAACAACCAUAUCCAGUACCCGUGAAACACGCAGUACCGUAUCCUGUGCCAGUGCCUGUACCGUUUCCCGUGCACUCUCCCUUCUCUCACGGUAAUCAGCAAUCGUUCUACAGUCCUCACGGCAUAGGUGGCCAUUAUUACGCACCACAUUAUGGUCCAGGCCAUUUUUAUCCACCGCAUCAUCCACCAACGCCAUUUAAUAACGGAUACGGUCAUGGAUAUCCUCAUGGCUACGGCCAUGGCCAUGAUUUCGGCCACGGGUACGGUCAUGGUUUCGGACAUGAGCAUGCUCAUGGUUUUGGCCAUGAUUACGGUCACGGUUAUGCCCAUGGGUAUGGUCAUGGACAUCAUGAUCACUACGGGUCUGACCAUGGUCAUGAUCAUAAGGAAAAACGUAGUAAAAACUGAUUAUUUUAGUGUAGGUGGGAAAAAUGUGUGGCACGGCCAAUUUUGGAUGAUUCAAAGAGAUUAUUUUUUGAUUGGGCUAUAACGCCACUCUCCACGAAUAUAUGCAAAGUCUAAUUGUAGAGGACUGAUGGACAUUAUUAAAUAGAUAUGUAUAGUUUAAUUUCAGGUAACUGUAUAUGAAACUGUAGUCUUUAAUGAUGAACCGUUGUUGUAAUUCAUAAGUAAAUACAGAUUGUUUUAAAAAGUAA